UCUCUGCAGUCAGAAAGAACAUAAAGAGGCUCCUGAGGAGACUCCUCUAGCAUUUUACUUGGUUACCAAAGCUUGCUCUGUCUGCCGGGAUCUUAUCCAUUGAGUAAAGAGCAGCCAGGAGCUUCUUCUUCUCUUCUUUGUGGAUAACUUUUUCCCCUCUCUCCUACUGAAUCAUGACUCUGGAAGAAAUCCACAGCCAGGAGACGGUUACCGAAAGCACCAAUAGGAUGCAGAGCGCCAGGAAGGCGCUGAAUGAGUUGCUGCUGUCUGCCCAACGCCAAAGCUGUCUCACUGCAGGAGUUUAUGAGUCUGCUAAAGUCAUGAAUAUCGAUCCAGAUAAUGUGACUUUUUGUGUCCUGGCUGCGGAUGAGGAAGAUGAAGGUGACAUUGCUCUGCAAAUUCACUUCACUCUCAUCCAGGCUUUCUGUUGUGAAAACGACAUCGACAUUGUUCGAGUCAACAAUAUCCAGAAGCUGGCGGAGAUCAUAGGUGCUAAUGAGGAUUCUGGGGAGCCCCAAGACCUACACUGCAUCUUAAUCACAAAUCCCAAUGAGAAUUCCUGUAAAGAUCCAGCUUUGGAAAAACUAAGCUUGUUCUGUGAAGAGAGCCGAAAUGUAAAUGACUGGGUACCCACUAUCACACUGCCUGAAUGAGUCUGAUAGCCCAAAGGACUGGGGAGAGCCCUAAAACCUUUGUUGUCUUAUCAACUUGGUGCUAGACACCUGGGCAAACCAAGCAACCGGUGGCUGAUUCUGUAGAUUAGCAUGGAGGAGAAAUCCAGAAUUGAGCUGCUUGGAACAGCAUACAGUGGGCUGUUGCCAAGAAGAGAGCUGUGUAAGUGAUUGGUUAGAGUGCACCUUACAGUGUGCCUCUGUAGUGCUUGGGCACUGGAGAAGAUGGCUUACGUUGGAGCUGAAAGAAUACUGGAAGUUUACAAAUCAGAUGAAAACUGCCUUGGAUAAGGAGAACAGGUUGAGGAAUGAAAAAGCUACCAGAAGUUGAAACUGAGCUGUUCAGCAAAAAAGAAGGGAAACACUGGCCAGGUCGUGGACCUUUGACCUUGCUAGAAAUGACAACUAAACUUUAUUGACCAAGGACCUCUGCACUGCAUUUUUCAAAACUGAUUAUUGCAGUAAUCUUAAAUGAAGUAGUGCCAUUUAUGAAGCAAUAAUGUUGGAAGUUUACAAUAAUAAACUCAUUGAAAAUUAA